AUAUCGAGCCCACCCUUCUCUCACACUCAAUCUCUGACUUGGUUAGAAGCAGUGUCAACUCCACCUAAACGCGCUUCUUUCUCACAUCGCAGCUAGCCGAGUUAGUACAGGCUGCUGGUCUGGAUACUUCAAGUCAGAUGGUUUUGACACAAGAAAUCCACAACAUCAAUUGUGUCUGUCUCCGCUGCGUAUUUAGGUUUGCGUUUACAUGAAAGCAGAAUAUUUUACAGCUUUUUGCCUUUGGAUUGGUGCUUCGGCGCAAAUCUACAAAUUAAUGUCCCAGAUGGAUAUUUAUUCGUCGAAGUUAUCACCUGCAGUGGAUUUCGCAGCCGGUGCUUUCCUGCUCAUUAUAGCUAUAUUGUCCAUUGUGGGGAACCUGCUGGUGCUUAUUAUGGCAUUUAAGCACUCAUCUCACAUGAAGCCCCCGGAGCUGCUGAGUGUCAACCUGGCGGUGACAGACCUGGGAGCUGCUGUCGCCAUGUACCCUCUGGCUGUGGCCUCGGCCUGGAACCACCACUGGCUGGGAGGAGACACCACAUGCAUCUACUACGGCCUGGUAGGGUUCUUCUUUGGCACGGCCAGCAUAAUGACCAUGACCGUGAUGGCUGUGGUGCGUUUCGUCGUCUCCCUCAGCCUCCAGUCUCCCAAGGAGAAGAUCAGCCGGAGGAACGUGAAGCUGCUGUGUUUGUGGACGUGGCUCUAUGCCCUGCUGUGGGCCUGCUUCCCUCUCCUGGGCUGGGGCCGGUACGGUCCAGAGCCCUUCGGUCUUUCUUGCACCCUGGCCUGGGGAGAGAUGAAGGAACAAGGCUUCUCCUUCGUCAUCUCCGUCUUCUCCUUCAACUUGCUGGGGCCCUCCUUCAUCAUCCUCUGUUGCUACUUUGGCAUUGCCUUGAAGCUGUACAUUACCUACAAGUCCCUCGACCACAGCAAAAAUAUCCCAAACAUCAUCAAGAUGCACCGCCGCCUUCUCAUAAUAGCAGUCCUGAUCAGCCUGGGCUUCAUCUUAUCAUGGGCUCCAUACGGUUUGGUGAGCCUGGUGUCUGUUGUCAGGGGCAGUGAGUUCAUCCCCCCUGAGGUGACCAUGCUGCCCUGCCUGUUUGCCAAGUCCUCCACUCUUUACAACCCCCUGAUCUACUAUAUCUUCAGCAAGACCUUUAAGCAGGAGGUGAAGCAGCUGUGUGGUAGAUCCAACGCAUGCCAUGCUUCCAGCGCCAGGAACAACAUCACGGACAACGCCAUCUACCUGGUGUGUGAUGGCAGCCGGGCGGAGAAGGUGGUGGCCACGGUGGUCGGGAGGACCACUGAGGAUAAGUUGUCCUCUGGGAAGAGCCGGGAGAUGGAGACCAGGUUAAACUCAUUCGACAGCCAAUAGGAAGGCCUCGGGGAGGGAGGGGGUAAGGGGUAUAGUGUAUGAUGUCCUUUCUCAUGACAAUCUUAUCAUUCCUCAUCCAGUCAGGGUCUAAAUGACCAUAAAAGUUCACCAUUGAACUUGGUAAACUCUACCCGUGGGUGUCGGAGAUGAGAUGAGGUUUCACAGAAUGCUGAAUUGACGAAAACUUUUAGAGACAAUGGUGAACUUUUAUAAUAAUUUCGACCCUGAGGAAUUAUAGAUUGUCAUGAGAGAGGACAUCAUACAGUAUAUCAUUUGAAACGAGCUAAGACCAAUGUCUAUGAUUUUAUUGUUAUACGCCUGAAUCAAUUGCUGUUGGCAUGAAAAUAGUUUUUACAUAAAGACAAGUUAUACUUUAAUAAGCACAACUGGUGUGUGCAACAUAACUUGCAGGGUAAUAUCAAAUCCUGUAUUGAUGGUUAAAUGAAAGAGGGCGUGUUUGCACUACUGUAUCUUAACUCAAUGGAUGUGAGUGAAAAAUGGCAACCAAUGAGAGGAUUUCUGGACUGGUUCCCAAGCCAAUUGGCUGCCAGGAUGAAGAGGAUUGACAAUAUGCUAUAGCCAAUAGGGAAUCAUAGACCGUAUACGGUUUGAAUGGACGGAGCGUACAGUAGGUGGGCUGUUUUCUUUAGAUAAACACAGCUGCCAUUGAUCAAUGCAGAGGAAGGAAGUGACCGUAUUCCCAUGGAGGAGAGGAUGGCUGGAGACACUAAGCCUGGGUCCACCCUAUCCCCUAUGUAGAGCCAUAUGGGCCCUGGUCAAAAGUAGUGCCCUGCACUAAAGAGGGAAUACACUGUUAGUGCUCAGGACUGAUCCAAUGAGGAGAGGAUGGAGAAAUGGAUGCUUCUAGUGCUCAGGACUGAUCCCAUGAGGAGAGGAAAGGAUGGAGAAACGGAUGCUUCUAGUGCUCAAGACUCAUCCCGUGAGGAGAAGAGAGGAUGGAGAAGCAGAUGCUUCUAGUGCUCAGGACUGAUCCCAUGAGGAGAGGAGAGGUUGGAGAAACGGAUGCUUCUAGUGCUCAGGAUGGAUCCCAGCCCAGCCUCAAAGGUCACACGCCAGCCACUAAGGGGGUUGAAAAGUCAUAGUUGAGGUCGGACGGAAUCUGAAUUUGUGACGGAUGAAUUGGGUGUCUGUUCAUAUUUCCUUUUAAUUCUGUUUAAUAUUCCCAUGGCCACAUAGCUUGGCAAACCCACUUUACCAUGACUGUAAUUCCUUUUGGAUAAAAGCGUCUGCUAAAUGGCAUAUAUUCUAUAUAAUACUGUAUUAUUAUAUUUGUCUUGAGACUUAGCAGGCACUCUUAUCUAAAUAGGAUGCUAGCAUGCUAAGUAGCAGUCAGCUAGGACUGCGAGCAGAGCCUGCUGAGGCUCCUCUGGGUGGGCAACCACGGAUUGAUGAUGGGGAUGUCAUGCAUCUAGUUGACCCGGCUAUGCCAUAGACUGUACACUAAUCUCAUAGGUGAUGCAUCUGGGUUCCUACAGAUCUAUACGUAGUUUAGGAGCUCCAUGCUUCAUGAAGAUAAGAUAUACAGUACAUAACCUAUUUCCCAUGUAUUGUGGGGGGGGCAAUAUGACCCUAUAUGACCCCAAAUAAUGUUGUCAUGCAACCAUGGUAUGUAUAGUUUGGAACCUUAUUGUGAAUACAGUCCUGUGGUAUUGAGCAGAUCUGGUUUUUGGAAUGUAGUUAUUAUGUAAGCGUCUUCAUGGAUUAUUCAUUUCUGCUAUCACUGGUUUGUCAAUGUCCUCACCCCCGGUGUUGUCUUAAGUGUUGCAUACUAAAUAACUUCCCUCGUUGUACUCUUUAAAGCAAUGUUUGAAAAAUACAAUUACAUUAUUGUCAGGGAACCAAAAGUUUAAAUGUAUAGGCCUGUCACAAUUAUUUGAUCAUAUCUCUAAACCUUCAGGAGAAAUACAUGUUAAUAUAUAUAUAUAUAGAUUAAAAAAUAUUAUAACA